AUGAAGUCGAAAGAGGUGAAGAGGAAGUACUUAGGAGUCCGGCGUCGGAAGUGGGGGAAGUGGGUGUCGGAAAUUCGGAUUCCGGCCACCCAAAAGCGUCUUUGGCUAGGCACCUACGCCACCGCGGAGGCGGCCGCCGUCGCCCACGACGUUGCUUAUAUUUGCCUCAGAGAACCCACGACGUUAGAUAAGUUGAACUUCCCCGCCGCUACGUUGAGGUUAACGGCCGGCGUUCGACGAGGAAUGUCUCCGGUGUCAGUUCAGAAGGCCGCCUCCGAUGCCGGCAUGGCCGUCGACGCCACCACGAAAUUUAAGGAGAACAGUGUUGGUGAAAAGCCAAAUUUCUUCAUGGGAAUUGAAGGUGCAUAUUGGGGGAAUAAUGAAUGA